CAGGUGUCUGGGGAGGGCGGCGCGCUGUCGACCCCCUUGGCACGUCUCCCAGCCCGGGUAGGCGCGCUCGCGUCCGCUCCCAGCGGAGGUCACUGGCCGUGUCGGUCCCUCCCGCCGUCCCGCCCUCUGCCGCCGCCGCCGCUCCCAGCCCAGCCCCCCCAGUCUCGACGCUCGGGAGCGACAAGCCGCCAGCGCCCCCGCCCCGCCGCCGCUGCAGCGCCCUCCGGCCGCCAUUCGCCACCGAAACUUUCCAGCGCCCGCUCUUCUCGUGGACUAGGUGGCGGGCCAGGGGCAGCGCGCGGCUGCUCCGGGGCGCUUGGCCCUCGUUGGCCUCUGCGCGGCCCGGGGUUGGUGACGGUGGACCCGCCAGUAAGCUGAGUGCGCGGCCACAAGUUGCACGGCUCGCGGCGAGGGUGGUCCUGGACUUUGUGUGCACCUCUCAAGUUCUGUGAUUGGAUGCUGGGUAGCCCACUGCUACAGAGGUCUACACAUGCACUCACUGUGACGAGGGUGGCUCACACUUGAUUGAGACGAAGACCUCAUCGCCGAAAGGUGAGGCUAAGAUGAGCAUUACCAGCGACGAGGUGAACUUUCUGGUAUAUCGCUACCUCCAGGAAUCAGGUUUUUCCCACUCCGCCUUCACGUUUGGGAUCGAAAGCCACAUUAGCCAGUCCAACAUCAAUGGUACACUAGUACCACCGGCUGCCCUGAUCUCCAUUCUUCAGAAAGGACUGCAGUAUGUGGAGGCGGAGAUCAGCAUCAACGAGGAUGGCACGGUAUUUGAUGGGCGUCCGAUUGAGUCCCUAUCGUUAAUUGAUGCUGUGAUGCCCGAUGUGGUACAAACAAGACAGCAAGCUUUUCGGGAGAAACUCGCCCAGCAGCAAGCCAAUGCAGCAGCUGCAGCAGCAGCAGCCGCAGCCACAGCCACAAGCACAGCGGCCACAACACCAGCAGCUGCUGCUCAGCAAAACCCACCAAAGAAUGGAGAAGCCACCGUGAAUGGGGAAGAAAAUGGAGCCCAUGCACUAAAUAAUCACUCAAAACCAAUGGAAAUAGAUGGGGACGUUGAAAUUCCACCGAGUAAAGCCACAGUCCUUCGAGGCCAUGAGUCUGAGGUGUUCAUUUGUGCCUGGAAUCCUGUUAGUGACCUACUUGCUUCUGGAUCUGGAGACUCAACUGCGAGGAUAUGGAACCUUAAUGAGAACAGCAACGGGGGCUCCACGCAGCUUGUGCUGAGGCACUGUAUACGUGAAGGCGGACAUGACGUUCCCAGUAAUAAGGAUGUCACUUCAUUGGACUGGAAUAGCGAUGGAACACUGUUGGCAACAGGUUCCUAUGAUGGUUUUGCAAGAAUAUGGACGGAAGAUGGUAACCUUGCCAGCACCUUAGGUCAACACAAAGGCCCUAUCUUUGCCUUGAAGUGGAACAAAAAGGGGAAUUAUAUUUUGAGUGCUGGUGUAGACAAGACAACAAUAAUUUGGGAUGCUCACACAGGAGAAGCCAAACAACAGUUUCCUUUUCAUUCAGCACCUGCCCUUGAUGUGGACUGGCAGAACAACACUACCUUUGCCUCGUGCAGCACAGACAUGUGCAUUCAUGUGUGCAGGCUUGGCUGUGAUCGCCCAGUCAAAACCUUCCAAGGACAUACUAAUGAGGUCAAUGCUAUCAAAUGGGAUCCUUCUGGAAUGUUGCUAGCCUCCUGCUCUGAUGACAUGACAUUAAAGAUCUGGAGUAUGAAGCAGGAUGCAUGUGUCCAUGACCUCCAGGCUCACAGCAAAGAGAUAUAUACCAUCAAGUGGAGUCCCACAGGACCAGCCACCAGCAACCCGAACUCCAACAUCAUGUUAGCAAGUGCUUCAUUUGACUCUACGGUUCGACUGUGGGAUGUGGAGCGAGGCGUUUGCAUCCACACGCUGACCAAGCAUCAGGAGCCUGUCUAUAGUGUAGCAUUCAGCCCUGACGGGAAGUAUUUGGCCAGUGGAUCUUUUGACAAGUGUGUCCAUAUCUGGAAUACUCAGAGUGGAAGCCUCGUCCACAGCUACCGAGGAACAGGUGGCAUAUUUGAGGUGUGCUGGAAUGCUCGAGGAGACAAAGUGGGUGCCAGUGCAUCUGAUGGCUCUGUCUGUGUUUUAGAUCUCCGAAAGUAAACACAAAAUGUAGAAAACAAAACCAUUCUAAUGGAGCAGCAGUGAAUGUGUGGGAUUGCAGCACCCUUCCUAUGAUGGGCUCCAAACUGUGUGAACUUGACUUGUUCGAGUCUACUUGGAAAUCACCUGUCCCUGGCCACAGGAUUAUUUCCCCCCCUCCCCUAAUCUCCAUCCAGAAUUUUAAAACACAAACAAAUACAAAGUCAUACGCAUGGUUGUAUCACAGGAAUAUGGUUUCCAACUAGAAUGCUCAGCUGGGGAAGGAUGAAGCCAUCAGCUACAUGGUGCAUGGUUGGUUUCCAUCCAGAACAGGCUCUAAUGACUGAACAGGGAAGGAGGAACACAAAGCUGUGCCAAAAAAUAAAGAAAAGGUUAAAAAUAAUGAAAAUGAAAAAAUACUGUGAUAAACCAAAAGGGAGGAAAGACCUGCCCCUUAUAGUGUUCCCCUCCUAUCAAUUUGGAUACUACAGUUGCUUUCCAAAAGCCCAGUUUGUACCAAUGAAAAUGUGUGACUUUGUAAUCCCAACGCUGUAUUUUCUAGAACCUUCUUUGGUGGUUUUUCUAUCAGCUAAAAUUCUGUGGUCUGGGGCCCUCCCACCUCAGAUGAAAACUGUUUUUGGCUUAUUCCUUCUGUCCUCCCUUGUUGUUGCCCACCCCUUCCUCUAAUGUCCUUGCUCUGGUGUGGUCUCACUUCUAAUGAAAUUCUGCAUAGAUACGGCCACAUGCACACAGUGGAUCUUUGUUGGACAGCACUCUCCUUCCCUCUCGUCCCACUCCUACCUAUUGCUUACUCUGUCCCUUUCUCAUAGUUGCUUCACAUUAGGUCCCAAAGGCACUUUCAGAGCAUAGUAAGUGCUUUAUGUAAGAAGGCAGGGAUGGGGACUUUUUACAGAAAAAAAAGACUUACUUAUAAGAGAAAGAACCUGGAGUAUUUUUUGAAAAAAAUAUUUUUAUGUUAAAAUGACUUUAAAAUCCUAAAAUGGCCAUCAGACAUAGAGAGUUUUGUGAAAUUCAUAUUUAAAAGACUAAGAAGACACUGGCAGAGUCUGAGGUGUCUAACUACCCCUUUCCCUUCAGCUUCACGAAAGGCAGUUAGGAAAGCCGUGGAUUGGGAAGCGUCCUAUGGAAGAACAGGGGGAUUGUUUUGGCAGCUGGUGGGGAAGAAAGAACCCACUGGUUAGGCAUCAAGCAGAAUGCUGAGCUGUUUGGUACACAUUUACUUCAGCAGCCAGUAGGAACAUAGUAAAGAAGCCACCCUGACCAAGUGUGGCUCAUGGGACCUGCCAGCUACAUCUUUCUCACAACAGUGUAGCUACAGAUGGGCACUUUUAUUAAGAGCAUGCUUGGUGAAUCUUGCAAAACCGACCCAAAGGCCUCAGUGUCACUCAGUCUUGUGAAGACAGUGAGUCUCAAGGGAGACUUUCAAUCCUAAAACAGAAUUAUGACCCAGGUAGAAUGUCACUGAUCAGUUCUGCCCACUUUCCAAUUUGUCUUACAGAAGAUUAGGACAAAGCUUUCUAAAAAAAAAAAUGAGAAAAAAUAGGAAGGAAACUUUUUGGCUAUUUUUUAAAAACAAAAUAAGGCAUAGUGUGCCUGGUAAAGUUUGCCAUCAUUGAAUCUGAUGGCCUUUGUUCGUUUCUUGUCAUAACUUGACACUGACUUGUUUCUUUAAUUAGUGAUGGGGGACAGACCAGAAGGGAGCUGCAAGAGGCAGUAUGCAGGGUUCAGUCUGCAGCUGUGGCAAGUGUUACUUAGAGCAAAGUAUACAUAUAUGAAGCCAAAAAUCAACCAGCAAGGAAGGUCAGGUGCUCCCUACACAACAGAUAAAUGUUAGCACCAAAACAUGUAUCGGCCUCCACUUUGACAUGUAAAUUAUGUGAGCCCUGUAAUCUUAAAGUGUUGUGGUAUUGAGUUGAGUGGUGAGUUUGGAUUCUGCCACCUAAAUGCUUAGCAAAGAAAGCCCAAGUUCUGUGGAAAUUUUGAUCAUAGCAGAUAUCUCUGUGUCAGUGGAUAUGAAGUUUCCUGCCCUGAGACUGCUUUAGCUUUAGGAUAUAAUUUUGGAAGUCCAGAUACAUCCUAUCAUUGUUCCUCAAAUACAUUUCUGUUCAUCUUUACAGAAGAUCAGCUGUUAGGUGUCAGUCUGUUGUAAAGGUAUGACUUUCAUUUGACAAGUUCCACAUUACUAUAUGGUGGUAAUGGGUAGAUGGCACAUAAGGGGUUCAUCAGACAAUCUCUGGGUGUCCAGGCUACACCCCCCUAGAUGAAUCUAAGCCACAUAAGAAUUAUUAUUUUGGAGUCAAUGGCUGUGAGACUAGGACAAAAGGGUUCAAUCUACACAAGAAGAAACCUAAAGACCAUUCACUUCCCUGGCCUUACAGCUAAACAUGGACAGGAACUUAGUGCUGGCCACAUGAGGACCAAGCAGAAGAAUGCAGCCCACACCCCUGAAGUUCAUCCCCAUAAGGCAGCUCAGUCUGCAGCUGUUUCUGGAGCAGCCACCAUUUGGAUGCCAUCAUUUGUCUGCUGUCAUAGGGCAGGCACAUCAUCUUUGUGGUCAAGGGGUGCCCCAUGUAUUAUGCUGUUACUUAACCUUGUUUAUAACUCCUAAAACAUUGUGAGGAAUGGUUAGUCUUGUGACCAAAUUCAACCUUGAAAGCAGUGUAGUCACAUAGCAGCCUUUCCAGGUAUUUUUUCCAUGAGUUUGAAGUAAUCAUAUACCAUUCCCAGUGCAUCCAGGAUGCUGCCUGUAGAGGACCGAAGGGCCAGAUGGACAUUACAAAGUUCAACUCUGACCCCACUCAACACCGUAGGACUUGACUUUUUGUUCUGUCUGAGUAAGAAAUAGACCAUGGAGCCAAGUGAAGUGCACUUUGUCACAUGUAAGGAUCUGCUUUGUUCCUUGUUGCUUUUCCCUUUUUAAGCCUUUGUUAUACCUUUCCAUUCUGUUUCUUGUCAAAUGCAUAAAUGUCUGUUCUGCAACUCACUGAAGUUUGAAUUCUGGCUUGUGCAGUUUUUAUUGUCUGUGUCAGACGUACAGCCAGACAUGGUCCUCUUUCAAUAUUUUCCACAUUCUGUUAAGCACCAUCAAAGCUCUCCUCCCCCUCUGUCCUCUACCCCCACUCCCAUUCACCCUACACGCUCUUCGAGACGAAAAAAAAAA